GCCGCCAUUUUGUCUCGCUGCCUCCGGUGUCUCGGCUCUUUCCCCGGUUCUGUUUAAGAGGGCUCGGCUCCAUAUAAAGCAGCUGGUUCUGUCUCCUGGUGACACUGAGCAGAGGAGCCAACGUAAACAUCAGUGGAAACAUGGGACGAGCACCCGGACCAGACCUCAAUGCCUCUGCUUGGCUCUGCCCCUGCGUCAACGCCACCUGUCAGUCUCCGGUCAGGGCAGCGUGUCCGUACAGCACUGCUCAGCUCGUCCUCAUCGCCAUGGUAACCACUUCCCUCAGCUUCAUCACCGUGCUGGGCAACACGCUGGUGAUCCUGUCCAUCAAGGUCAACCGCCAGCUCAGGACCGUGCACAACUACUUCCUGUUGAGUCUGGCGGUGGCCGAUUUGAUUGUCGGCCUGCUCUCCAUGAACCUGUAUACACUCUAUCUCCUGCGCGGCCGCUGGCCUCUGGGGGCAGCGCUCUGCGACAUGUGGCUCGUUCUGGACUGCAUGGUUGCCAGCGCGUCCGUCCUGAACCUGCUGAUCAUCAGUCUGGAUCGGUACUUCUGUGUGACGCGACCGCUCAGCUACCCGGCACAGCGGACAGGCAGGAUGGCCGGUCUGGUAAUCGGGGCCGCCUGGCUCCUGUCCUUCGUCCUCUGGGCCCCCGCCAUUCUGUGCUGGCAGGUGGUCGGGGGCAAGCGAGUCGUUCCCGAUGGGGAAUGUUACACUUAUUUGCUGGCCAGUCCCGCUGUCACUCUGGGGACGACGCUUCCUUCCUUUUACCUGCCUGCGUUUGUCAUGAUCGUCCUGUACGGCCGUCUGUCCGCCAGCAGCCGCAGCCGACUGAGCGCACUACAGUCAGAACAAGGGACACUCAGGACGUCCAGUCCGUCCAUCAAAGACUUCCUUUUUAAAAGAUGGAGCUGGGUGACCAGUGACACCGGCUCAGAUGUGUCUCUGAACCAAUCAGAGUCCAGCACUCCAAAGACCAGAAGGAACCACACGUCGUCCAGGAGCCCCGGAGACACAUGCAAACGAUCUCCCCAGCAGUGUCACACUCGGACCGUCAGUCGCCUCACCAGAGAUGAAGACAAGGUGGAGAAGGACUUUUCGCCCUCCCUCCACAGGACGGCCUCGGCAGCGUUCUCAGCCUGUUCCAGCUUCAAGUCUCAGGAAUCGAGGCGUCGCCGAGUGAUGGCGAGGGAGAGGCGGGUCACAAAGACCAUCCUGGCCAUCCUGCUGGCCUUCAUCCUCACUUGGACGCCCCACAACAUCAUGGCCGUCAUCGCUGCCUUCUGUCACUUCUGUAUCCCCAAGGGCCUGUGGACCACUGGCCGCUGGCUCUGUUAUGUCAGCAGCACCAUCAACCCCGGCUGCUACGCUCUGUGCAACGUCACCUUCAGGAGAACUUUCUGCAGCCUCCUGCGCUGCCGCAGCAGGAAGCUACGAUGACCGCAGACUGGAGCUUCAUGGACGGUCGUCAGCGCCUCCCUGUGGCCUCACCCUCUCUGACAACAGUUGGACUAAAACUCUCUUUUCUCUUUUUCCAAUAUUGAUUUGUUGAAUAUAUUUAUUUUCCUCUUUGUAAAUAAAUGUGCUGUUUUAGUGCCAAAAUUGUGUCUCUUUGUCUCUGAGCUCUGACUCAAGUUGUACAAGAGGUAUCAUCGUAUCAUGUCAGAGGUCGUCAAAUGUCGCAGUGUAGGUAAGAGCAGAGGAGUAAAUGUCAGUAUCAUGCAUCAUCCAAAGAAAGUUCUAAAAACAAGGUAAAAACCUGUCUCUAUAUUUGACUCUUAUCCUCUGUAACUGACUCUUUUUUAAUCCUGUCCUCUGUAUCUGACUGUUGUCCUCUGUGUUUGACUUUUACCCUCUAUUGUCCCCCUGUCCUUUGUCUAACAUUUUUUCCCCCUGUCUGACUCUUUUCUUCCAUGUUUUAAUUCUCUCCUCAUUUGUCCUCUGUAUCUGACUCAUGUCCUCUGUUUGACUCUUGUCUUCAGUAUGUGUCUCAUGUCCUCUGUUUGACUCUUGUCUUCUGUAUGUGUCUCAUGCCCCCCUGUCUCACCUUUGG